GCAGGGCUCACAGUGCUGUAUCUGUAACAACUGGAAACAUAAUGGAAAACUGUGUUGCUCAAUUCUUAUCUGAUUUGCUAUAAGUAGGGGGAGAGCAGGGCUCACUGUGUCUGUAUCUGCAACAACUAGAAGAAUAAUGCAGUGCAUUUUGGCUUCUGUGGUUGCCCUUGGCAUUUUGGUGGCAACAUGUAAUGCCGCCUGCUUCAAUCAGCCGCCUGAACUGAAGGAAAACCUGGAAGGUUGCCUUUAUAAAGAUGAGCUGCAUGAAUUGGGGAGUGAAUUUAGAACUAAAGAUUGCUAUGACUGUACCUGUUCCAUGGACGGCUCAAUGAGAUGUUGCCAAGCCUAUGGUACCCCAGUGGGUUAUGAUAAGAAAAAGUGUAAAGCUAUUUUUAAUAAGAAAACCUGCACUUACCGUGUUGUGGAAAAGAAAGAUCGCUCAAAGGAAUGUGAGGGUCAUGCUAUGGUUGGAUAAAGUGGCCGUCUCCUUGGGGCAGAGCCUUCGUGCUUACAACAUUUAUAUCCACAUUGUUUUUUGCAUGAACUUAAAUCAGAUACUUAAAUACAGAUAUAUUACAUGAAUAAAGUGCAUAUGAAUAACCAAGAAAGUAAAGUCAUUAAAACAGCAAA